UUAUCAAGACCCGUAGAUUCACAACAAAAAAACAUGGAUGACUGCAGGCAGCAGUCCAGGCACAUGUCAUCUGAAAACGUGUUAGACGACAUUUUAGAAGUUGUUAAGAAGAACUGUGGAGCUCUUGAUAGAGACCCGAGCAAAUUGGUAGUACAGAGGCGUCAAAAGAAACUACAGAAUGGAGAUUUUUGCAUACCUAAAGGAUGUUUUCAGAUGAAUGUUGAGGAGUUCACUCACCUGAGGGAGACACUACUAGAAGAGAGCCGACCUUGGACCUGCCCAGUGAGGGAGGUGAAAUCUGACCCCUACAACAGCAUGUUAAUUUCUCUACACCGUCCCUCCGCCUACAAAACUGUGAUAUCCUCCCUCCUCAAGUCUGAAAUUUCCCAGAAUUCCAUUGUUGACAGGGAGAGCAGAGAGAGUAAUGAACUUAAUGGAGAUAAAUCUGCACCAGUUAAUGAAUUGCACAAAUUCAGGGAACAGGCGUGUGACAAAACUGUUUUAGUUAAUGCUCCAGACUGUUUUGAUUGUCAGUCAUUAGAACAGCUGAGGGGACUGGUGCUGACUCAGCAUAUAUUACAACUAUUAAAGAAUGAUAGAGUAAGGAGCAAGCUUGCAGCACAACCAAUGACAGAAAAUUCUAAAAAAUGGUUUGAACUCUUAAAUUUUGAUUGUGAAUUUCUGGAAGAUAGGGAAGAAAACUGUGAUGUUGAACAUAUCCUAGAUCUAGUAAAGCAGUCAGAGUACAGACUUACACAAAGAAAACGGACUAGGAGACAGGAAAAUAAACUUAUAGAAUCAGAGACCACAGUAAGACAUGACCCUGGUGUGAAUAUCUCAGAGUGUGUGGUUUUAAAUGCUGAAGAAUUUUUGGCAUCAAAAAUAUCAGAAGUUGGUGAUUUUGACAAAAAUCUGGACAAAAUUUACAUCGCAGAUGAAAAUGGACACACAGAUACACUGAUACAAAUAUCACAGCUUCAGAAGUAUAAGGAAAAAAUGGGUCAUUAUGAUUGUGUCUUACAUAUAAUUCCAGACAGGAAAAGUUUUCAGCAACAGAAAAUUCAUUUGGGUUGGCAGAUGUUGACAAAGGAUGCCCCAAGACAGAUCCAUCAGGAGUAUGGUUCAGUUACAGAAAGAAAGUCUAAAGAUUCUCAGAAAAUGGAUGCCCAGACAUUUUACAAUUUAAGGUUUGACCAAAUGAAGGAAGCUUCAGUCAUGAAAUACGGAGAAUGUGUGAAAGGUGCUGGCUGGAAUAAGACAAUAGAGAACUUAACCAUGGCUAGUGUCAAAUUUGAGCUGCUGCUUAAUGUUCCACGGAAUACUGUGAAGUUAGACUUGUCAGAGGGGAAUGAGUUUGGUGGGGGUGUGGACAAUAGAGCGGGGGCAUUUGUGAUGUACAACUGUGCUAGAUUGGCCACUCUCUUCAAACAUUUCAAUAAGGCAGUGGAUGAUGGAGUGUAUCCUCCUCUACCAAGCAUUGAUUCCAUUGACUUUGGAUUGUUAAGAGAAGAGGAUGAAUGGUCAUUAUUUUUCAACUAUAUUUUCCCUUACCCUGAUUUACUCAGAAGCACAGUGGCUGAUGUCCUUCCAUCUAAUGAUGGGAUUUACUCCAAACUUGGAACACAUAAGAUAAGUAACUUCCUGAUUGGCUUGAGUCGGAGUUUAAGCUGCUAUUACAGUCAUGUCCAUGUACUUGUAGAAAAUCGUCCUAAUUUAUUGCCCACCAUGUUUGCAAGACUAUAUCUAUUGAAGGCGCUUCAUCGAGUCAUCAAGGAUGGUCUUUAUUUGAUGGGGAUCUGUCCACCAACUCAACUAUAGGAUAGAAUACGUCUCCCUCCCCCUCCACUCCUAAGGUCUACUACAUAAUGUUGGUAUAAUAUGGAGGACUGCUCAGUGAACUGUGUCAUGUAGAACUUAACUUUGUUAGAAUUUUACUAUAAUAGGUCAAGUUUAAAGAUUUUAAGAUUUUCAGGAUAACACAUGCAAGAAAAUAAAAUUAGACAUUUUAUUUAAUAUUGAAAAGUGGGGAAAAAAUUGAAAGAAUUUUUGUCGAAGAAUUUGUUAUGCUGUUUUCUUUAUGCAAAGUUUAUUUUACUGUGAGAGUUUUUCACAAGGAAAAAAAUGUGCUGUUAUAAAUACAGUAUAAGAUAAUAAAAAGAAUUUAAAAAUCAAAGAAAAUCUUGAUUUUUGGUCAUAAAGAAUUUCAAAGAGUACAUGUUGAAAGAAGAUUUUGGAGGAAAAAAAUUAAUAUAAGACAUGGGAAUAAAAAAAAAUUCUUUUAGAAU